AUUUAAAUAAAAAUAAAUUUUAUAAUUAUAAUUACAUAGUAAAUAUGAAUAUUGAUAAAAAUACUGUGAGCAUUUUGAAAUCUGUUUUUGGUUACGAAAAUUUUAAAAAUAAUGUUCAAAAGAAGGCUAUUAUUACUAUUUGCAAAGGUUUUAAAAAUAUAUUUAUAUCAAUGCCUCCUGGAUUUGGUAGAUCUCUUUGUUUUCAAUUACCAGUUCUUUUACAUAAGAACAAAGUUGGAAUUAUUUUCUCUCCAAAAUUAUCUUUUAUUAAGAAAGAAGUAGAAUUUUUAAGAAGCAAACAGAUUAAUGCUGCUUUUUUAAGUAAAAAGUCAAAAACAAAGGAAAAAGAUAAUAUUUUGAAUGAUUUAGCAUCAAAAUGUCCAACAAUAUCAUUAUUAUAUGCAACUCCUGAAAUGGGGACAAUGACAUAUUUUAUGCAACUUAUACUUUCAUUGAAAGAGCGUACAAUAUUAUCUUAUAUUGUAUUCAAUGAAGUACAUUGUAUAAGUGAAUGGGGAUAUGAAUAUAUACCUUGUUAUGCAAAAAUUAUUAAAAUUCAUGAAAUAUAUAAACAUAUUCCAAAAAUUCUAAUAACUACAACUGUUACUUAUAAGGUAAUUGAAGAUGUUUGCAAACUAUUACCAUUAGAAAAUCUAAAAAUCUUUAGAAUGCCUGUACAACAAAUCAAUAUACUUUAUGAUGUCUGGUUUUUAGAUAUAAUUUCUCAUCCAUUUGAUCAUCUUAGAAAAUUUUUUAUACAAGCCUUUGGUUUUUUAGAUUUAUCUUCUCAGGAGAUACAUAAAAAAUUUGGCGUUAUUUACUGUAGAGAUAUAAUUACUGCAGAAUUGUUAAAAAAGGAAUUAAAUACUUUAGGCAUAUCUUCACUUACUUAUCACCAUAAAUUAAAUAAUAAUACAAAAUGUAACAUUGAAAAUAAUUGGAUAUCUGGAAAAAUUCAUGUUAUCAUUACAACAUAUGAUUAUGGAUUUAUUCACAAGAAAUCAAUUAGAUGUAUAGUUUAUUGGACAGUGCCUGAGAAUAUUAGCAAGUAUUAUAAAGAAACUGCACAAAUAUGUUCAAACAAUAAUCGUGUAUAUUGUAGAAUAUAUUUUAGCAUGAAAGAAUAUUUUGCUGUAAAAUUUGUAAUUGAAAAUCAUAGAUUAAUGAACAAUAUGGAUCAUAUCAAAAAACGAUUACUCGAAUAUGAAAAACUUGUGUCCUAUUGUCUUUCUGUAAAAUGCCGACAUGAAAUCAUUAGUGAAUAUUUUGGAUACAAAAUAUCGUCUUGUAAAAUGAAUUGCGAUGUCUGUAUAAAUGAGGAAAUGGUAAUGAUUAGAACAUUUAAAUUUAUUAUGUAUUCAGAAAAAAUGAAAGGAAUCACAUACGGUUGUGAUAUUAAUGAAUUCGUAAAGAAAAAAGAAAUAGAACUAAACAUUAUAGAAAAAGUAGAAGACAGUUUGAAAAUAUCAGAAAAUUCUAGUAAUAAUAUUGUACAUAACAAUACUGAUAUACUAUGUAAUGAACAAUAUAAAGAUAAGUUAAUGAAAGACAAACAAAAACCAUUGUUAUUGAAAAUAUUUUAGUUAAAAAACAAUUAGAAAAAAAUUAUAUUGAAAUUAAUA